GCAAAGCUUUUUGCCUUGGACAUGUAUUUUUGGCGCAAAACUUCGUUAUCAACAAAUCUCCACAUCAUCUUAUUGAUGGAGAAACAAAAAUGGGAAAUCACCGUAAAAUUGAUGAAUAGCUAUCUUCAAUUUUGAAAGAAACAAACUUAAAUCAAACUCGCGCAAAUCACGACGUCAUUAUUCAUUGUAGAUCUGAACCGCGGUUUGUCCUGUUCUUCUUCUUUACCCUUUACAUUCUCUAUCAAUUGCAUUGUGUGUUGAUCCUUUUAUUGAAGCUGCAGUUAAUUUCUUGUCUGAAGAUUCGCUCAUUUACACCAGUAGUUAUUGAUAGUGAGAAUUCUUAUAGUUUGUGGUGCAAAAAGCAACAAGGAGGUUGGGGGAGAACUAUUGUGUGGCUUGUUAUGUGAUUGAAAAUCCAGUUUUAGAGUGUGCUAUAAAGGAUUUGUGGAGUUCAUUAAAGGGGACUAAUAUUUAUCAUAUUAGAUUGAAAAACGAGGAUGCAUGUUUGGGGGGUUUUAGAACAUGAUGGUUCAAAAGAAGUUGUUGCUGAAGAACCUAGCUCCCAAGAAGGUUGAAUCUGAGGACGUGCUCACAACUGUUCAAGAGGUUGCCGUUUAUCUUCAUAGGUUUCACAACCUUGACCUUUUCCAUCAGGGAUGGUAUCAAAUUAAGAUUAGCAUGAAAUGGGAGAACGAAGACGAUUCCUCUUUCGGCACACCAGUAAGAGUUGUUCAAUAUGAAGCUCCCAAUCUAGGUUAUGGUGAAAUUUUUGGAGGAUGGAGGAUCAAUGAUAGAGACAACAGUUUUUCUACACAGCCAUUCCGGAUCAAGUAUGCAAGGCAGGAUAUUAUUCUAUCUAUCCUGAUUUCAUUCAGUCUAUCUCCUAGUAAAUAUGAGGGUCCAUUUACAUCUGCUAUUAUUUUGAAGUUUGAGCUUAUGUAUGCUUCAAUCUCGGAGAUUCGGUACGAGUUGCAGGCUUCUCUGGAUGCUUGUCCUGCUGCAGUCCAUGAAUUUCGGAUACCUCCUAAAGCACUUUUGGGAUUGCACUCAUAUUGCCCUGUCCACUUUGACGCAUUUCAUGCAGUGCUUGUUGAUGUAAGCAUUCAUGUGAGUCUACGCAAAGCUGGUUCUCACAGCCCUGCAUUGAAGGUAUCCAGUGAUACUUUCAAGGAUGCAGAUGUUGCUGGCAGGAUUGUUAAUGCAUCUGAUCAAGCUUUGGAUCAAGUGGCCUCUGCAGAUACAAAACCUGUCAUCCUUGUUAAAGCAUUAUUAGAUUCCCGCAGUACUUUGCUUGAAGAUCUACAAAAACUUAGUGAAGCAAUUAAUCAAGCUAUUGAUAUGACUGAGUUUAUGUCUGGAAUAGAUGCUAUAAAGUUGUCUCAUCCUCUCUUGCAAGUGAAUCUGGGUACUGCCAACGGUGAAGUUCCAGAACAAGGCAUGCCACGGAAUCAUUCUGAGAGUGCAAAGGGUUCUCAGAAUUUUCAGAGGGAUCAGUUGCUCAGCACCUUAUCAGAGGAAAACCUGUUGAAAAUUUUUGAUUUUUUGGGCAAGCAAGUGUUCUAUUUAUGGAAUAUAUUUCUAAAUUUCCACAGGGCUAACAGUAGAUUGAUACUGAAAUAUUUACGUGAUGCAUGGGCCAAGGAUCGGAGAGCUGAAUGGUCCAUAUGGAUGGUGUACUCCAAGGUUGAGAUGCCUCAUCAUUAUCUAAAUAGUGGGUUUGAUGAGCCUCCCUACAAUGGUGUGCAUAGAAAAGUUUCAAGUUUGUUGAAGUUGAACGAUGAUCCUACUCAGCUUGCAGCAAUGCGUGCAGAACUUCACCGUCGAAGUAUUGCACAAAUGAAGAUCAACAGUCGGUUUAUUCAAGAUAUGUAUAUAUUUGGAGACCCUUCACAUAUUCCUAUUGUAAUGGUGGAGUGUGUCAUUAAUGCUCCACGCCGUACUUUUAGUGAAGAUUCAUACUUCAGAAAUGUGUACCCAAUAAGCGGGUGUGGCUCACACGCAGGGCCAGGCUCCAAAUCUGGAAAACAGCUACCUGGUUCUAGCUCACCACAGCAUGGUCGUGACUUGAAGAUUGUUGUCUUUGUGCAUGGGUUUCAGGGACAUCAUCUGGAUUUGCGGCUUAUUCGGAAUCAAUGGCUUUUGAUAGAUCCAAAGAUUGAGUUUCUUAUGUCAGAAGUGAAUCAAGAGAGAACAUCUGGAGAUUUAAGAGAGAUGGGACUAAGACUGGCUAAAGAAGUGAUUGCUUUUAUUAAGAAAAAAAUGGAUAAAGUGUCAAGAUCUGAUGGUUUAAGAGAUAUCAAGCUUAGUUUUGUUGGGCAUUCACUUGGAAAUAUCAUUCUUAGAACAGCAUUAGCAGAGGGUGUUAUGGAACCAUACCUAAGGUACCUGCAUACAUACGUUUCUAUAUCUGGUCCACAUUUGGGGUAUCUGUACAGUUCGAACUCCUUAUUCAACUCUGGGCUGUGGCUUUUGAAGAAGUUGAAGAAUACGCAGUGCAUUCAUCAGCUCACUUUCACUGAUACUCCUGAUCUACAAAAUACAUUUUUCUACAAACUCUCUAAGCAGAAGACAUUGGAAUAUUUCAGGCAUAUAAUUCUGCUAUCUUCACCCCAGGAUGGUUACGUUCCAUAUCAUUCAGCCAGAAUUGAACUGUGCCCGGCAGCUUCUUGGGACUACUCAAAAAAGGGCAAAGUAUUUCUGGAGAUGCUGAAUAAUUGCUUGGACCAGAUACGCGCCCCUUCCUCUGAGCAGCGGGUGUUCAUGCGUUGCGAUGUCAAUUUUGAUACCACAGCCUACGGCAAGAACUUGAACACAAUCAUAGGACGGACAGCUCAUAUUGAGUUUUUAGAGUGUGACAUCUAUGCAAAAUUCAUAAUGUGGUCCUUUCCUGAAGUAUUUCAGUGAAACCUGUGUUUUGUUGGUCAUCAACUGGGUAUUCUCACCACAAUUACCAGGCACUCUGAGAGGAUUGGUACAUAUGGAGAAUGAAAACAGUGGCCAAUAUUAAUCUGUUAAUUUUAUAUUCAUUUAGCGUAAUUUGUGCUUUAGUAUACCUUGGCAGCGGGGAGGUUCAAAGAAAAUUAACCAUUUAGUUUAUUUGGUUCUGCCGUUUUCCUGGUAACCUGGCCAUUUAAAGUGAUAAGAGGUGUGUGCAGUCUGAGUUACAAAUUUGGUUUUGUUGCGUAAUAUUUUUCUUAGCUAAUUGUUUAUUGAACAAUGUUAUGUGUGUAGACGAUGGUGUAUACAGAUAAACUAUUAUAUGAUUAUUUAUUAUUUUAUUUAUAA